AUGGUCGCUCCUCAUGAUACCGAGUCGCAAUUUGCGUUCUUGAUCUCCUGCAUCAAGAACUCGACCGCCGGCAAGGUAGAUUUCGAGCAGGUCCGCAAGGAUUGUAACAUCAUCUCGAAGGGUGCAGCUGCCAAGCGAUACGAGCGUCUACUGAGAGCUCACGGCAUCGCCAAUGGUGGUACCUCCUCCAAGACCCCCGUCAAGAAGGAGGAUGGUCCCGCCACUCCUGCCACUCUCACCAAGAAGCCUCGAACCACUAAGAAGCGCAAGCUCGCUGCUGUCGACGAGAACGCCGGUGACGUCGAUGAGCCCAAGGUCAAAGGUGAAGUCAAGUCUGAAGAUGCAAGUACUGUGAAACUGGAGCAGGGCAAUGGUGUAUUGGCAAGCAUACCCGCCGCAGUCUCAAAUAGUUUCGAGGAAACACCUGCCGCCGUUGCCGCGGCCGAUGAUGACGACGUCCUCUUGAUCUCCGCGACCGAGAGAAGACCCAACAGCAUCCCGGCCUGCAGCAGCAGCGGCGACCACCACCAUUCGCCCAAUCCGAUGAUUCCUGGAUGCCAUUCUUUCGAUUGCGCUGCUAACAUGGGAUUCAGCACACAGACAAGCCCGAUGAUGGCGACGACUAUGCUGAGUCUGACAUCUAGACCCAGCCACAGCCACCAAACUCACCCGUAUGGUUUUGGGACUUCCGUCUCUUCACCCUGGUUUCACACGCACGAUGGCUCUGGCAUAUACUGGCAAAACACUGCGCCGGAGAACAAGGAAGCUCAGUAUCAGUGA